AUGUCGGCCCCCGGGACCCUCAGCAACUACUACGUGGACUCCUUCCUGGUGCCGGAGGGGGACGAGCUGGCGGCCCCCCGCUACGCCCCCGCGCCGCUGGGGCCGCCGCCGCGCCCGGCGCUGGCCGAGCACCCCGAGCUGACCCCCUGCAGCUUCCAGCCCAAGGCGCCCGUCUUCGGCCCCCCCUGGAGCCCCGCGCACCCCGCCGGCGCCAGCGGCGUCCCCGCCGUGUACCACCCCUACGCGCACCACCAGGCGCCCGUGGCACCGCCCGACGGCAGGUACAUGCGUUCGUGGCUCGAGCCUGUGCCGGGCUCCUUGUCCUUCCCCGGGUUACCUACCAGCAGGCAUUACGGCAUUAAACCUGAACCGCUGGCGGCCAGAAGGGGUGACUGUACCACGUUUGACACUCACACUUUGUCUCUGUCUGAUUAUGCUUGUGGUUCUCCUCCAGUUGAUAGGGAUAAGCAAAGCCACGAAGGCGCAUUCUCUGAAAACAAUGGAGAAAGUGAGGCAAACGGAGAGAAACCACACAUUGAUCCAAAUAACCCUGCUGCUAACUGGCUCCACGCGAGGUCCACCCGGAAAAAGCGCUGCCCUUACACCAAGCACCAGACGCUGGAACUGGAGAAGGAGUUUCUGUUCAAUAUGUAUCUCACCAGGGACCGCAGGUACGAGGUGGCCAGGCUCCUCAACCUCACCGAGAGACAAGUGAAAAUCUGGUUUCAGAACAGGAGGAUGAAAAUGAAGAAAAUCAACAAAGACCGAGCAAAGGAUGAAUGAUGGAGAUACGCAGGUUAAAUGGAAAAAAAUAAUUAAAAAAAAAAAAAAGCAUAAAGUAAAACAAAAACAAAAAAAAGCAAACAACAACAACAAAAAAAAAUAAAAACAACACCAACAAAACCCUCCCCUCGAGCCCUGCCAUGCAAUGCGUCUGGGUCCAGGCCUCAAUUGUUUUUCCAAGGCAAAUUCUGAUUACGAUUGUACCUUGCUUGUCACAGUAGCAUGGAGAGGCCAGUUGCCAGGAGAGGUACAGUAAGACUUUUCAUUUUCUAAUAGGAAAGAAAAAGGGGGCAUUAGCACGAAACGGCUGUUGAGCUAGCUUGUAUAAAUCUACCUGUUUCUUCACUUAAGAAAAAGAGGAAAAAAAAAAAAAAAAAAGAAGAAGGAAAAAGGAAAAAAAAAAUAGAACGACGAGCAAAAACUACCUUUUCAUAAUGCACAACUAUUUACGGACUGUAUAGUUUAGUCAACGUAGUUAAUUUUAUUCGCUCUUUGCGCGGCAGAGAGAUCUCUGCUCUAAUACUUGAACACUGUGUUUUAUUGUGGUAAUUAUGUUUGUGACUCAAUUUAUGUGCUUGGGUGCUGUACCGGAUGUAAUUGUGUAAGCUAGAAUUCAAUUUGAACUCAGGUUGUUUAUUAUAAAAAUGGCAUAGAGUAUAGCUCUGUAGCGUAUUAAGUCUUUUCUGUAUAAUUAGACAGUUAACCUUUGAUUGUAAAAUAUAUAUUAUAUAUAUAUAUCCCAAUUUAAACACACACACAAAAGUAGAAAAAAAAAGUUUGUCCGGGAUGUCUGGGAAUGGCGGUUCUCAAAAUACAUGGAAACGAGUCGUUUUAGUAUGCACAGUUGAUAUAUAUAUCGUACUGUCUGUGUCAGUUGUAUAUAUGAUCUAUAUAUGAAAAAGUAACUAAGCAGACUAGCUUAAUAUUGUUUUUGCACCAGUGAGCAGUUAGCAGAUUUCGGAGCUAUACGUAUAUGUGAAAGGGUAACUACCUAUGGUUUACGUUUUAAUUUUAAUCGAAUGAUUUGAUGGUUGUUGUAAUGAAGGUUAAUUUUAUUGAUAAUAAAUUAUACGCUAUAAAAACCUA